AUGUCGAUCAGCUGGGGGACACAGUACUCGAAGCUGAAAACGAAUCUUCGUUUGGCAAUUAAUCGUUUAAAAUUAUUGGAGAAGAAGAAAAGUGAGAUGGCACUAAAAUCACGCACCGAAAUUGCUGAUUUCAUUGCAAACCGCAAGGAAGACCGUGCUCGUAUUAGAGUAGAACAUAUUAUAAGAGAGGAUUUUCUUGUCGAAGCAUACGAAUUGCUGGAAAUGUACUGUGAUCUUAUUCUAGCACGAUUUGGUCUCAUACAACAAAUCAAGCAUCUUGAUGAUGGGAUUGCUGAAGCAGUAAUUAAUAUUAUUUGGGCUGCUCCUCGUGUGGCAACAGAUGUUAGUGAAUUCAAGGUGAUUAAUGACCAGCUAACUAUGAAAUAUGGCAAAACCUUUGCUGAAGCAGCGCGUAAUAACCAGUUAGAAUUUCCUGCCAAAGUAUCACCAAAGCUGAUAGCCAAGCUAAGUGUACAAGCACCUCCAAAACUUUUAGUGGAGCGAUACAUGAUUGAAAUUGCAAAGUGUGCAGGAAUACCAUUCACUCCCGACCCAAAUAUUAUGCGCGAAGAUGAAGUUACUGCUGCUGAACAAAUGUUGAUCGAUUUUAAAAAUCAUGGCGGACAAGGUUAUGGUUGGAUGUAUCCCGAUGACAUCGUUUCAAAUAGUAAAAAGCCACCUUCUUCACCGACAAAUAAAGGAUCUGGAUACUACCCGGGGCCGCUACCCCCCCCUGCGGGGUUUAAAGAUGCUUUCGAUGAGGGAGGUAUUCCAGCUUCUGCACCAGUAUCACUCGUAAAUAAUUAUAAAGCUUGUAAUUAUCCUUGCUUGAAUCAGGUCGAUGAUUCAUCAGGGAACAUUAAAAUCAAGCCGAAUACAUCACCAGGUCUCCCGUCGGCUCCUCCCACAGAUGCUCAUCCGCUACCUUCAAAAAUGAAUCAUAAUACUACACCAGAGUUCCCAGAACCACCAAACGAUUUACCCGGAAUGUUGGAUUCAGCAUCGUUCCCAUCAGCGAAAACUAGUGAUGAACAACAGUCAGGUGGUGAUAAUGAUGAACUUGAUUUUGAUGAUUUAGCGAGGCGUUUUGAUAUGCUAAAGAAGAAAAAUGCCAAAUAA